AUUAAAGGGAGGGCGUCGGGGCUUGAAGAGGCUGAGAGACGACGAGGAAGGCUGUCGGCUGCUGCUCCUCCUUUGUGACAAGAGCUGGGGUUCAAGGCGCCUGCCCUGGUUAUGCACUGCCCCUGUUGUGGUUGAGACGUGGUCACAAGUUAGCUCCCAUGAUGGAGCUUACGGACAAACACAAGCAACCUCAGGAAAAUCUUCCAAGUGGUUAUUCUCGUCCGAUCCAGGGAAAAUAAAUUAAUCCCAAUGAAAACAACGUCUACAUGGAAGAUGUGACAAUUGUUCUGCCCAUUACAGAAAAUGGGGUUUGUGGUCUUGGUGAGCUUUGGGAUUGUCACCGCUCUGAAUCCACCCAUCACAAUCUCUUUGGCAAACAGCUUCAGAAGGAACACGUAAUAUUUCACCCAUUAAAGACAUCUAAUUACAAUCUGACUCGUUUAAAGAACACCGAGGACCAUGUGAAAUUGGUUAAACUCAGUGGUGCCAUGAGUAUGGAGUUCUUGUCUGGGCUUAUUAAGGUGGAAGGUUGUGGCGAGUAUAAUGGAAAUGUCACAAGCAGUGGGAAUGAAGAGACACUUGUAUGCCAGUAUAAUUUGGAUAAUGGUUCGGUAUUCUUACUUCCACAGGCCAAAACUGUAAUAAAUCAAGCUAUUACAGACUUGCUAAUGAACAGAAAAAUCAAAGCCACGCACGUAGUACAUGGCUUGAUUUUGGGAGCAGAGGUAAAUGCACACAUAAGAGUAAGGAACAUUAAAACUAACAAGAGAGAUGAAAUCAAAGGCAGUGUAAUUGGGAAACUUGUCUUUGGAAAAAUAAGUGCCUCUGUAAAAGCCAAGUUGGAGUUGCUGGACUCUGAUAAAGCACAAAACUAUGAGACGCACAUCGCCAUUCACUCCAAGCCACCAAUGAGGCAACAGCAGCCAUCAACUAUAACAGAAAUGUUUGACUUGUUGGAGAAGGUGGACAAAUUACUUGCAGAAGAGCGACACUUCAAGUUCAUUGACCCAAGCAUCAUGGGAGUCCCUGUACGUUGGGUGCUUGUACCGAUUGCUCAGUUCCUAGAUGUGAAGGUUGAGCGGCUCUACAUGCAGAUCGAUGAGACUCUGCGAGAAGACUUUCGCACAAUGCUCAUUUCUCUUCAGGAUUCGCGUGGUCCUGGGUGCAUUAAGAGGCGAGUGCUCGAGAAAGACAAUCGUCUCAGUCUAAUUCUCUCAGAUCCUAAUUCUGAACUCUCUCAAAACAUUUCAAAAUAUGAAAAUAUGUUAAACAAGAAAAUGGAAUUAAUUUUUGUUCGUGCCUGCAAUGUUCUAAAGGAAUACAAGAGAGCUAUUGCUACAUCCAGUGACCUGCGUGCUAUUUUGCAAGAAUAUGGAACUUCUGACUUUAGUGUCGUUGACUUGUAUGCAAAAGUGGAAGAGUUUGUGGUCGAUGGAAAACGUGAACUUGGUGGAAUCCAUGCAGAAGAUGAAACUCGAAUGGGUGCAGACAUCUGUCUCCUCACCAACCGUGAAUCACUGCGUGAAUGGAUCAGCACUGAAUCAAACAUUAAAAUAUUGUUGUACACAAAGGGUGACUCCACCAGUGGGGCCUUCAAUCGCCUCUUUAACCUCAGCCAAACACUGAAGGAGCUCAAUAUAGAGGUGGGGGUUGCACUCCCCAGCAUCUCUGACAGCUUUUGUCUUUCCAUAAAGGUUAAAGAAAAGUUAACCAAUCAUGAGUCCGCUGAUAUUGCAUGGAUUCUCGGGAUUCUCAGUGCUGCAGUGAAGAGGGACUCUUCAAUGGAAUCUCGUUUCUACACAAUUAUGGCUUCACUCUUUGAAAUUGAAUUGCCACUUCAGUCAAAUGUACUUCACGAAUUACAUCGCUUGGUAAAGAUCUUGAAAGUAGAAGAUGUACACAUUACAUCUUCCUACAUGGAAUCUUUGGAGUGUAUUUUGUCUGGUGACAAUCACUGGAUCUUCUUUGUUCCAAUAGAUGCAUUGGACACUGCACGCGAAGCCAUCCGUAAGCUUCGUAUGAACUUAAUCAAUCCUGUCAAUGCCAAUGGAAGAUGGGUGGUUGGUAGUCUGGGCAUCCCUAACCAGCAUGAAGCCCCAUUGCUGUUCGUUUUCCGUGGUGGAAUCAUCAAAGCAAUAUGCUUGGAUCAUCUCGACAUUUGUAUUCUUUUUGAUCUUUUCAAGAUUGCUGAGUCUUCUCUCAACAAAGAGCCAGAUUUACGCGUCCUCUCACCAGAUUCCCUGCAGUGUUCUAUGUAUAUAAGGAGAGCCAAUUACGCCAUGAGAACAAUUGAACGUGUGCAUCAAAUCAAGCAUUCCCGGGAAGAUUACGCUCAACUCAAGAUGCCAUCUUUUAACGAAAAUGCAGAUCAAUCACUUACUGAUGCAUUGAGCAUUGCACGCAGUUGUCUUCACUUCGAUGACACGUAUGUAAUUGCGACAGUUGCUUCAAUUGCAAUUCGAGAGAAUCCAGAAAUAUGCAGUAUUCUAGAGAAACAUGGUUGGAAAAAUGUGGCCCAAAAGUUUGAAAAUGAGGUUCUGACGAAGCAAGACUGUGAAUUGAUCUGUACUGCACUUCAAGACUGGUUGAGAUCACGUAAUACAUUUCUGGCCAAGGUUGAGUUUGCCAAACGGACCAUUGAUCAAAUUGAGUCAUCACCAUGUCAACACAAUUAUGAGCGUAUGAGCAAGGUUAACAGUGCUAUACAGUCAGUUUAUAAUGACCCACAGUGCCCAGAAAAACUAAAACUUUUAGUUUUGAGUUUGCAGGAGAGUGAGUUUAAACAAAAAUGUAAAGGAAUUCAAAUAUAUCUGAAUGACCAAUUAUCUGCCUAUAAACAGGAACAAUGCAUACUUCAUGUAACGUCACUGAUUGACAUCUUGAGACAAGUUUAUAAAAACGACUCCUGUUUUCUUAGUGUGCAUGAUACUAUUAAACAAUAUGUGAACCGAGUUGACUUUAAAAAAAGCCAUUUUGUCCAAUCUAAUGUGAUUGAAUGCAUAAAAAAUAAUCAAAUUUACAAUGUCAUUGAGCAACUGGCGAAACUGCAGUAUGACCAUCGACUGAUUGCAAUACAUUGUUUUCUUGAUGAGCUGACAAAUCUAAGUGACAAUGAAGUGACGAUUGGUUUGUUGCAAUUACUGUCAAGUGACGGUUUUGAAAGAAUCCAUUGGGAAGAUCUGUGGACAAAUUCAUCAUUCAAGUACCUGAUAAAAAGUGUGAUUCAUGAUCAUAAUAUUCUGCAAAUGAUUAGCUCACUGAAGCACAAAUUUAACAUCACCGAUACCAAAUACAUGCCAGAGGAAAUUCAAGAGCUGUCACAUUUUAAUAAGGAAGAAUCGGAGUUUGUCAUGCCAGAAAAUAUUGACAGUCUGGAAAGUGCCCUAAACAUAUUCAAGAAAAUUCUGAAAACAAAUGAAAUGCCUCCUAAUUUUGGAGAAGUAAUGAGAAAAGCCAUUAGCAAAAAUAUUAACUUGGAGAGAUCCCUACUUGAAGCAAGUUCUUUGAUUUACUGGAACACAAAGUACAAGCUUUUUGACGACGUUUGGUGUCUACAGACAGUCAAAAAAGCAAUAGAAAAUAUUAGCACAUUUAUGGAAAAGCAAAACUCAGCCAGAUGUUUAACUAGCUCAGAGGAUAUCAAUAUAUUUUUCAGCGAUGAUGACUCUAAUGUACCAAGCACAACAAUUGUCAAAACGUUUGUAAGUGUUCAUAAAGAUUUUCACUCAAUAUUUGGUGACUCUCUGUCUUGGACAACGGCUAAGGGUUACAUUGAAGUAUGUGAUAUCACGCAGAAACCAAAUGUCUACAGUGACAAAAUGUCACCUAUCAUGCCUAUGGUUCUCCCAUUUCUUCUGCAAAAUCUUAAAAUGUGGGGUGGAAAUGUUCUUCAAGCGAACGCCAUCUCUAGCUUAGUUAAAGUAGAUGCUAAGACAACUCAGAGUGGACAUGCUUUUAAACGUCCCACUUUUGGAAAAAAAUCAGCUCCCACAAAUAGCAGGCAAACACAAGAGCAGAUUAAAGUCCCGUUCUCUCGACUUGACUGCGUCGUUGCUCUGCUCAGCUGUGCCGAUUGCACCGUCGCUCAGGAUCUACUGCAGGUCAUGAUGAAGUUUCCGAUGGCGCUCCCACUGGUGAUGCCCGACCUGGAGAUGAAAGACAAGUACAAGGUGAUGUUGCCACUGCUCUCUGGCAACACCAUCAAGUGGGAGGCUCAGUCGGGUGUCAUCGUUGAGAACAACCUGUUCAUCAGCCCGUUCAGACUGAUUCUGGCCGUUAGGCUCGGUACCAAUUCACUUGGAAAGAGCACGAUCCUCAACCAGCUCAUGAAAGUGGAGCAUUUGUUCUCAUCAUGUGGGGAACCUGGAGCCCACCGAGGGCGGCCUCUGACCCUGGCUGGGACGGUGGAGUUCACGUGGCUCACACAGGAAACGUGUGGGGCUGGGCUCUGGGAGUCUGUCCUGAAGCAGUUUUACGCGCGUGGAGAAAAUGAGAUCGUGCUGUUGGCGAACCUCCAUGGAGAUGCCUCUGAGUACCCCGAGGUUAUCCAGUUCUUGAAGAAAAUCACUUCAACGUACAUAGUGUUUAUCAUGCCAAAUGAAGAAAACAUAACGUCAAAAUGUGACACAUUAGCCAGUCUCACCGAUUCUGAAGAUAAUACGCUUUACCUAGUGGUGGAUCCUAAUGAAGAGUGCAAUGAAGCAGAUUGUAUAAUUGAAACAGCAUUGCUGACAAAUGAUGACAUGUUAGGGAAGGUGCGACAGAUAUUCAGCGAAGCCUUAACAUCACAAUUAGUUAAGACAAAAGAUCAUAUGGAGCUGAACUACUCUCAGCUUGGUAUGUCAUUGCAUCCUACUAAGGGUGUUGAGUGCAAGGAAUCACAGAAACUUAUACAAUUUAUUUCAGAAAAGCAUUGCCAAACUAUCAGGAGUUCCAUGAAAUUUCAGAGCCAGGAAAAGCAAAAGAGAACAACUGCUUUAUGGGAAGGCAAUGAAGUACUACAAAAAGUGAUUCAACUUCUUUGUCAAGUGUUAAGUUUGCCACUUGCUGACAGGCUACCAGCAUUCACGCAUGUUGAGCGACAUAUAUCUGUGCUUUCAAACAGCGAAAGCGCGACUCUUAGGGAAAAAAUAUCGAAAAACAGAAAUGAGUUAAGGCGGCAAAUCACCCUGACAGGUCAAAACCAGGUGAAUGUAAUGCCGAUAAAAUGGAAGAUCUGUUCAGACAUGGAACAGUUGGAUAAAAUUAGCUUGGGUCAAGAGCAUUUCUUUCGAGAAUUAGGUCACAUCUACGAAUUAAUACAAGGAGACAAAAAAAAUUACGUGAAUAAUGUCAAUAAACUUCCCAGAUCAUAUGCGGAACUGAUGAUCAAUGGGCAUGCAAUAGAGCUGCUUAAUGGUGACACAGGUGAAAUGCCUGGUGCUUGGCUCUUAAAAAUAUGUCAACACAUCUCUGAAGAUUACCCAAACUUGCGGAUUUUUGUGAUUUCUAUACUUGGCCUGCAGUCUUCUGGGAAAUCCACACUCCUCAAUGCUCUCUUUGCUUGCAAGUUUGCAGUCUCUGUUGGUCGAUGCACCCGCGGUCUCUUCAUGCGGCUCCUCUUUCUGGAGAAGGCUCUUGGUGAAAGACUCCAGACGGAUGCCAUUCUGCUCAUUGACACAGAGGGACUAGGAUCGCCAGAGAAAGUUAAUGAUGUUGAAGCAGAAAAAAAAGACCGAAUACUGGCAACAUUUGCAAUGAGUGUGAGCAACUUGACAAUCAUCAACGUUCUUGGAGAGUCCAUGAAUAAUUUGACGGAGAUCCUGCAGAUUGCUAUUGUGGCAAUGGCACGACUAGAACAGGUUAAAAUGGCACCAGAUAUUCUCAUGGUUCAGCAUCUGACAGAGGUAAAUCUAACGAACACAUCUUCAGGACAGGACCAAUUCUGUGAGGCGCUUAAACAUGCAAUAAAGCUUACACAAGAAAAGGAUGUUGAUGUGGGGAUAUUAGAUGUGAAUUGUUUGAAAAAAAUAGCAGACCGAAUCCAGAAUGAAGAGCUUCUCAAACAAUUCCGCCCGUUUAAAAACGGCGCGAGUGCUGGAGCCCCCCCAUCAGAGCAGUACCACGCUGACGUGGUGGAUUUGUACAAAACUAUCCUAGAUGCAUGCCAGCAAUCGGAUAACAAGAUGCUGUUCUCGGAUUGGUACUCACUCGUGCAUAACUACUGGAGUCUCGUUUUGAAUGAAAAUUUUGCUGUCCGAUUUAAAAAUAUACAGGAGAUGUAUGAAUUUAUUGAGCGUGGGAAGCAAAUAGCAGCCUUAAAAGAUAACAUUGAUUCCGCAUUUUAUAUGCAUCGACAGAGACUUAAAAUAAAUCUGAACCAGGCGAUGCAAGAAUUGACCAACGAAUCCCAGCACCAAAUUCGCAAAAGUUUUUUGAAAACGUGCCACGAGAAAUUGGAACUAGUUCCAAUCGCUUGUCAGGGUUGUAAGCAAUGCAAUGGUGUAAUGGAACAGCGUGGACGUCUCAUGAAUUACGCCAAAAAACAUCAGUGUGAGCAAGACGUAAUGCAAACAAUAAACAGGUAUACUCAGCAAGUCCGCAAGUCCACAAUGAAGACUCUCACACAAAUGCUUGAUGCUGCUAUUGUUGGUAAAGGCUACUCGGUGGAGUUUUUGGAUGAAAUCAGUCGGCAACUGAAGUGCGAAUUAGAUAAGAGGCCAGCUGGGCAGUUUACUGAUGCAGAACGAGACAAAAUUGUGGACACGAUUUGGAAAACGCUUUACAAGAUCGCGAAUGAAAAAAAUAUUGAUAUUCCUGAUGAUAGGAAAAUCCUAAGUGAAAUUUGUAUCGUGUAUGAAAACUCACCGUAUGUUUGCAACGCAAUGACAAAUACAUCUCAUUCGGAAAGUGUGUUUAAUCGAAAUGAACGCUGGUUUGAUUUUUUUAUUCCAAAAUACUUCAAGAAAUCGUCUAACAAUAUGAUAAGUCUUAGUGAUAGACUUGAAAAGAUCGCAACGUCAAUGCUAAAUAGUCGGAAUGUUGAACAUUAUGAAAAUGGAAUGAUUAGGGAAAUAAACAAAAAAAUAGAUGAUAUUUUAUCAAAACAUAAUAAUAAACUUGAACCAAAAAAAAAGCAAGAUGCCCAUAUAUUUACUCUGCAGAUAUUUUGCCAAGAAAUGAAGGACUGUCAAAUUAAAUGGGAAAAAAAACACAAGCCAACUGAAAUACUAAAAGAGAGAGAACAGGAUUUCAGGUCAAUGAUAGACACCCGCCUUACAUACGGGUUUUCUGCAGCUUCUGAAGGAAUCCUCAUUGCAGAAUAUCUUCUUAAGGCAAUUAACCAGAAAGCCACAAGGAGCGUGAAUGACUUGAGGGUCGAAGCAGUGCUUGAUCUGCCUUGGACAAUCAACAGUGAAAUUGUUCGGCUAAAGUACUUUGAGCGCCUGGCUUCUCAGGUCCAGAAAGGACAAACAGCAGAGGCAGUUGAGUACUUCAGACGUCCAAAGACGUCAAUUGAUAAGUGGUUCAGUGAGGCCGUCGAUGGUCACGUGUGUGCUAAGGAGAAAGAAGAAUUUAAAAAGACAUUUACAUCACAGCAUGAGCGUGUGGUUAAAAAAAUCAGCAAUUGUUCAAAUAUUCAAGAAAUCCUCGAAUUUAUUCAAGAAUACUUGGCGAAUGUCGAUAAUGUUGAAUAUAAAAGCAGUUUGAAUAACGAUAUCCCACCGAUAGACCUACCCGUGUUUCUUGAUAGCAUCUUAAACGUGUUUAAUAGCUCAAGACAAAACAAUGGUCCGGAUAUAAAAUGGUUAAAAAAUCCAUCAACAAAUAAGAAGGUGAUGAAAAGGAUUGGAUGCACAGAUAAUUGCCUCUGGUGUGGAGCUCUGUGUUGGGGAUCCCGUGGACAUGAUGAAAAUAGUGAUGAAACAAGAAAACAUCAUUCCUGUCACCAGCCAUGUGGCCUUCACGGUACAAGUAAUUACACAACUGAAGAGUUAAUGGCAGAGAGUUGCCAUUCAUGGAGCGAUGAUCGACAAGUCUAUUGGGGUGACAAACUAAUGAAAUGGUCCGAGGCAAAAGCUCUUCCAGAAUGCAGUAAUUGGAAAUUCGACCCUCACUGUAAUGCCACUUUUGAUACCCUCAUGCGAUGGUUUUUUCAAGAAUUGCAUCAGCAGAUCGCCCAAACUAUGGAACUGCGUCCAGCAACACAAGAUCAGCUACAAACGAAUAAGUGUGAAAAUCUACAUCUUAAUUCUAUCCUGGCGAAAAUCCGCGUGUUGAUUGAAAAAUAAGACUCGAUGGUGCAUCGAGCUAGUAGAUUAUCUUAAAUGCAUAUUCUAUGUUUGAGUCAGUUAUGAUGAAUUAUAAUUCACAGCAUAUAUAUGGUAGUACUUUCCACUAUUGUAUUGAUAAUUAUGAUAGUUACUAAAUAUUUUAGAUUGCCAUAAUUAGGCUGAAGUGCUGUCAUGCUGUAGUGAAUAGUGUAAUGUUUCUAUAAAACCAACGCUUUUAGGUUGUGAGAUUUUUUUUCUGGGAUUGAAUUAUUUAAAAUGUUUGCAUAAUAAUGGAGAAAAUUUUAGGGGCAUAAUUCUCAUCUUGACAAUCUAUUGCAUCAAAUUUGAAUGAAUUUAAUCAACAUUGGAUUGCCCCACAAUUGGUAAUUUCAAUCGCUCCAAUUACACGACAGGAGCGUUACAAACAUUCCUCUAGCAAGGUGUGUUGGAAAGUGCCCUCGUCUUUGUGGAUUAAAAAAAUGGGUCACUUGAAGGGAUAUCGGAAGUAUUUAUGUGAUCUCUUUCUGCUGGUCAAUCUCACGUGGGAUGGUGCACUGCUGACUGCAAUCGUUCCAAAUGCACAUUCUCAUUAAAUAAUUCCGAUAGCAUUAUUUGAAUAACUUGUAAAGGGGAGAGAAAAUGCACAGACCAUUGUUUUCUCAUUAUUCCGUAGGUAAAAUAAUUUUAACCCUUUUAUAAUAACCCAAUACAUGAUCAAUUGCCUUAAACGUAUAAUAAAGUUGCAUGUAGUCUUGAUAUCUUGAUUGGUGCAUAUUUUAAUCACAUUAGUAUGUAAUAUUAAUUAUUUGCUUUUAUGUAAUGUAUCGAUUACACAUGUAUUCCUAUGGAUUAUGGCUUGCUGUAUUUGGGGAUUUUUAACGUUCAUAUAGGUUCCGUUGUAUCACCAUUGAAUUGUUGAACAUCUAUAUGCUAUUUUGAGUUUUAAUUCCGAUUUUACAAAUGUUUGAUUUAAUAAAGCCAAUGCAAUCUCUGGUAAGGGUUGUCAUUCAUGGAAUGUUUUAUGAUGUUAAUGUGAUUGGGAUAUCAGCUGCUGAUAUUACUUCACGUGAGGAUUCUAUACUGUCCACUUAUCCACAUGUCCACGUAUCAAAGUAUCCAUCUUGAACGUUCGUCGCAGCAAAGAACAACAGCCACAUUUAAUUCAGCGAUGUAACUUAUCAAAUCACUAAAAGCAUUUCAAACACGAAUGUAAUUUCGUUAUAUUGAAAUAAUCACAGAUGGGGUUAAAUUAUCUGGGCAAGUGUCAAGUGAUGGGCCUGUAAAGUGGACUGUGGGUUUUCAUGCAGCCUCGGUGAAAAAAUUCCACAGAGCAGAUAGAUAGCUACGAGCUGUAAGUAUCUGUGUGUUCUACCAAUACUAGAGUCCACCAAAAAGGUGGCGUCCAUUAAUAAUAGAUUUGAAGCUUUCGUGACUGCAAGGAUUCAUACUCUUUGGUGUUUUCGGUAAAGUCACGUACAGUGAGGG